GCUCCGGAAGGCCCCGGCGCAGGGCGCCGAGCGAGAGGAGCGCAAGCGCACGGCGGCCGGCAGCCCAGCAGUGCCUGGUUUGAGAUGGGGUCCCAGGUCUCAGUGGACACGGGAGCCCUGCACGUGGUGAUCGUGGGCGGGGGCUUCGGUGGGAUCGCGGCCGCGAGCCAGCUGCAGGCGCUGAACGUGCCCUUCCUGCUGGUGGACAUGAAGGACUCCUUCCACCACAACGUGGCCGCCCUGCGCGCCUCCGUGGAGAGUGGGUUCGCCAAAAAGACAUUCAUUUCCUACUCAGUGACCUUCAAGGACAACUUCCGGCAGGGCCGGGUGGUCGGGAUAGACCUGAAGAAUCAGACGGUGCUGCUGCAGGGCGGCGAGGCCCUGCCCUACUCGCAUCUCAUCCUGGCCACAGGCAGCAGCGGGCCCUUCCCAGGCAAGUUGAAUGAGGUUUCCUGCCAGCAGGCCGCCAUCCAGGCCUACGAGGACAUGGUACAGCAGGUCCGGCUCUCAGAGUUCAUCGUGGUGGUGGGAGGAGGCUCCGCUGGAGUGGAGAUGGCUGCAGAGAUUAAAACCGAGUAUCCCAACAAAGAGGUCACGCUCAUCCACUCCCAAGUCACCCUGGCCGACAAGGAGCUUCUGCCCUCCGUGCGGCAGGAGGUGAAGGAGAUCCUGCUGCGGAAGGGCGUGCAGCUGCUGCUGGGUGAGCGGGUGAGCAACCUGGAGGAGCUGCCUCUGAACGAGUAUCGGGACUACAUCAAGGUGCAGACAGACCAGGGCACGGAGGUGGCCACCAACCUGGUGAUCGUGUGCAACGGCAUCAAGGUCAACAGCUCCGCCUACCACAGUGCCUUGGAGAGCAGACUGGCCAGCAACGGUGCUCUGAGAGUGAACGAGCACCUCCAAGUGGAGGGCUGCAGCCAUGUCUAUGCCAUCGGUGACUGUGCCGACGUGAAGGAGCCCAAGAUGGCCUAUCACGCCGGCCUCCACGCCGGCGUCGCUGUGGCCAACAUCAUCAACUCCACCAGGCAGAGGCCCCUCAAGGUCUACAAGCCAGGGGCGCUGACCUUCCUCCUGUCCCUGGGGAGAAAUGACGGUGUGGGCCAGAUCAGUGGCUUCUACGUGGGCCGGCUCAUGGUCCGGCUUGCCAAGAGCCGGGACUUGUUCGUGUCCACGAGCUGGAAAACCAUGAGGCAGUCUCCACCCUGAAGGAGAGGCCGGCUGAACGGACCACGUGACCGAGGGCGGUGGCUGGCAAGUGUCCCAGGACGAAAGCUCUUUUCCUGGAGUCAGGGGCCAGUGACGUGCCGACCAGAAGCACUACUGUGUCAAAGCAAACAUGAGCGUGCAAGAGAUUAAAAAGCUGAGAUUUUG